UUUGGUGUGUUGUUGAGCUGGAACACCGGACGUGGGAUAUUACUGUGUGCGUGAGAGGGAGAUGGGGAAAAGAAAGGCUGUCCGGUCCUGAGAACAGAUAAAGUUCUGCAAAUCUCUGUCUCGGCCUCUCUCGCUCACCGUCUCCCAAUCAUUCCCCGAUCUUUCUCGUGCUUCCCAGCACUCCCGUACGGGAGCGUGCACCCACCGGACCUCUGGCUCUCUCCUCCUCCCCCGACUCCAAGAUUUUGGGGGCGCUGGUAACGGCGAUUCAUUUCUUGGGAGCGAGGGGCAGGCAUGGAAGAGCUGCAUGCUAUGAUCUAAAGUGGGGAUCAAGGUUGGUGGUAUCGGAUGGUUUGAUUCGAUUCGUGGAGGUGGAGGGAGGAUUGGAUAAAGGUGGCUAUUAGUGUGAUCUGUAGGAAAAAUUAGAAUAUUUGAUUUCUUGGUGGGUCUUUGUCGAGCUAUACCUCUUAUCGAGAUGCUGGUUGGAGAAAUUGAGGAAUAAGGGAGAAAAACAGAGGUCUUUUAUAGUUUUCUCCUUCUUCUUUGGAUCUCCCUGGUUGUUCGUGAGUUUGAUGGGGAAUAAGAUAGGUAGGAGAAGGCAAGUGGUAGAUGAGAAGUACACGAGGCCGCAGGGCCUGUACCAGCACAGGGACAUCGAUCACAAGAAGCUCAGGAAGCUCAUUCUUGACUCCAAGCUGGCGCCUUGCUACCCUGGGGACGACGAAUGCGCCAUGGAUCUUGAGGAGUGUCCCAUCUGCUUUCUGUAUUAUCCGAGUCUCAAUCGUUCGAGGUGUUGCAUGAAAGGCAUCUGCACAGAGUGUUUUCUUCAGAUGAAGGCACCUCAUUCUAUUCGGCCUACACAGUGCCCCUUUUGUAAAACUUCAAACUAUGCUGUGGAAUAUCGGGGGAUGAAAACAAAAGAGGAAAAGGGCAUGGAACAAUUGGAAGAACAGCGGGUAAUAGAAGCACAAAUAAGGAUGCGGCAGCAAGAGAUUCAGGAUGAAGCAGAAAGAAUGAAGAAGAGAAAGGAUGUAAGUUCGUCAAGUGGAAUAAUGACUCCAGCAGAAGUGGAAUAUCAGGAUAUAUGUAGUACCUCACUUUCAGGCAAUGAGUCUGUUUCAUCUCAAGCCUCAUGUUCUUCACCAGAUAGCACAAGGCCUUCACACUCGAGGCAGAAUCGGGAUGACAAUUUUGACCUGGAGCUUGAGGACAUGAUGGUUAUGGAGGCAAUUUGGCUUUCUAUUCAGGAGCAAGGAGCUCCAGGAAAUCCAACUUGUGGUAGCAACGUUUUGCCCGAACCAUCUGUAGAAGAAUGCUACAACUCCCUUGCUGUACCUCCUAUAGAAGUAUCUCCUGGUGGGCUGGCCUGUGCAGUUGCAUCCCUAGCUGAGCAUCAGCACAUGAAUGGAGACUCUGCUGCCAGCAUGGCUGGCAGUGGUGCUUUGGCUUUUGACAUGGUUCGACAGUCGAGCAGCUUGCCUGUUGGGAUGACAAGGGUAAUAGGAAAAAAUCCUCCAGGGUUCUGGAAUGAGGUUUCACCCGACAGUGGGAGAGAAGUACCAAGGGAGGAGGGUGAGUGUUCAACCGAUCAUUGGUCUGAGGUGACAGAGGCAGGGACCAGCUAUGCCGGCUCUGAUGUCAUGGUAGAUGCUGGGGCUGCUGCAGCAUCAUUCCCAGGUGUUAACAUGGCUGCAAACCACCUUCUUCCAGAGAGCUUUGAAGAGCAAAUGAUGUUGGCGACGGCUGUUUCGCUUGCGGAGGCUCGAGCAAGGACAAAUGCACAAGGGCUGACCUGGCUCUGAUGAUUGAUUGCUUGGUUGCAAGAAUCUGUAUCUGUUUGGUUCCUAGUGUUCUUCUCUUUUCCCUUCUUCCACGUAUAGUUGCUGCUUCUUUAGCUCUUUUAUUGUUGGUUGGUUUCUUAUUUACAUACGUCAAAAGGAAAAGAAGAAAGAAAAUAUGGAAGUGACAUUUGUAUGGAUGGUAGGAAAGAAAGCAGAUAUAGAUAAAAGGAUAAUAGAAUGUGCAAUAAUUUGAUCUCUUCUUUGAACUUGAAACUUAAGGUUA